UAUAUAAAUAGUAAGCAUUACUAAAGCGAAUAUUAAGGAUUAGGCAAGGAUUAGAGACAAGAGUCACUCAACAGUAGUAAUGGAUAUUGUUUUUUGAAUUUUUAAUUGUGUCGUUAUUGCAGAGGACCAUCGAUAUGAACAUUUCUCUGCGAUUAAAUUUACAGAUUCGAGACUUUACCACCUAUAAUCAUAAGAGGAUUCAUGGGAACGGCCGACGAAGCAGUCAUAUAUCUAAAUAGAAGAUUCUAUAUCAGUUUAACUGGUUAUUUAUGCAAGGACAAAUCAGAUAGUGGAGUACGCAAACUCUUAGAAAAUGGAAUUCUUCCUAUCGAUAGACUUCUCGUCGAAACGGACUCGCCGUUCAUGUACCCAAAUACAAGAGCUUCCAAGCUGCCGCAACAUGUUAAGACUGGAAUAACGGAACGUUCGCUUUUAUAUUUACAUAGGUAGAUGUACCAGACAGAUAUUUG